AUGGCUGCUAACAAUCAGGAACAAAAUGUUGCCACGUUUGCUGCCGGCUGUUUCUGGGGUGUUCAACUGGCGUUCGAUCGUGUCCCGGGUGUUCUGGAGACCACCGUGGGCUAUACGCACGGUACCGUGGAUAACCCCACGUACCGCCAGGUUUGUUCUGGUCAGACCGGUCAUGCAGAAGCCAUUAAGGUCGUGUUUGAUGAUGAAAAAGUGUCGUACGAUGCUCUACUGAUGAAAUUCUGGUCCAUUCACGACCCCACGACGCUCAACCGCCAGAAAAACGACCAGGGCACGCAAUACCGUUCGGGGAUUUACUAUCAUAAUGAGGGCCAGCGUGACGCUGCCUUGGCUUCUAAAGAGGAGCAUCAGAAGACGCUAAGCAAGCCUAUUGUCACUGAGAUUAAAGAAGCCACAAAAUUUUGGGAUGCAGAGGGUUAUCACCAGAAAUAUUUGGAGAAGGGGGGACAAUGUGCAGACAAGGGAUGCGACACCACGAUUCGUUGCUACGGUUAA